AUGGACGCCAACGGCGAGGUCACCGAGGCUUUGAGGCUCAAUGGUGACGAGGUUGGUAAUGACAAGAAGCGACAUCUCGAACGCCCAGACGAGGAGCCUGCUACUAAGAGGGCAAGGGCCGAGAAUGGCAGCGUCGUUGCAGAGACCGAGGCUGAGCCACCCGAGACCAACGUCAAACCCUUGCCAAAGGGCACCGCGCCUGUCAAGCAAGAAUAUGUGAUCAAAGUGCAAAGCCGAGUCCUCGAGACAGAGGAAGUCGAGGUCAAGGCUGGUGAUGAUGACGACGCCGCUGAGGGCCAGGGCCUCGAUGGCAGAGGCGAGGGCGGCAGAGCUAAGGGCAAGAAAAAGCAGCGUGGUCUCAACACUGAAAGACAAUUCGGCUUCUCAAGCGAUGCUCAAGAGCUGUGUCAGACGCGUGCCCAUUCCAAUGAGUUCUCACCAAAGGAGUGCAAGCACGGCGCGCGUUGCAAUCGGCUCCACGAUCUUCGCAAAUAUCUUGCAGAUGGCAGGCGUUCGGACCUUCAAGUCUUUGGCGGCAAGUGCCCCAUCUGGGAGAAGGCUGGUGAAUGUCACAUGGGUUGGAAAUGUCUUUUUGUCAAGUCACAUAUGACGGAGACUACCCACGACGACGGCAGGAAGGAGCUGUGCCUUGUGAGGGACUCAAGCCGAUUCCCGUCUGAGAGUGAGGCAGACAACGAUGGUUUCGCCGACGGUUUUGCAGGCAUCGUGAACAACGUCCCGGGAGCCAAGAAGAUGGAGCUUUCUAGAAAGAAGAAGGACUUCUCCAAGUCCGAUCAGGUCAUCCAGUGGCAAGAGAAAGACAUUAAACUGGCGAGGGGCAUCUUCAACUCCAAAAGCGACGACGGCACACCGAAAACCCAAGAAGGAAAAACCCAAGAAUAUCGGGCGUCCUUUGUGGACCCGCCCUUCAAGCCAUCCGAGAAGAGAAGAGUCUACUUUGGCCGCGAGACACCAGUCUUGGCACCGUUGACCACCCAGGGCAACCUGCCAUUCCGUCGCCUUUGUGUCGAACUCGGGGCGGGAGCAACGUACUCAGAAAUGGCUGUCGGCAUGCACGUCCUCCAAGGCCAACGAUCCGAAUGGGCACUCCUCAAGGCUCACGAGAGCGAGACUACGCCGCCUCGGUUUGAGAACCCUAGUGCUGCGCCCCUUGGCUACGACAACACCCGUGACCUCAGGUUUGGCGCUCAAAUUGCUGCCAACGCGCCUUGGAUUGCUAUCAAGACUACACAGGCGUUGUCUGAAUACCUUCCUCACCUUCGUCUUAUAGACCUGAACUGCGGCUGUCCAAUUGACAAGGUCUACAAGGAAGGCGCCGGCUCCGCACUACUCGACAUGCCGUCGAAGCUGGAGCGCAUGGUGCGUGGCAUGAAUGCUGUGUCAGGAGAGGUGCCCAUUACAACAAAGCUUCGGCUGGGUGUCAAGAGCGAUAAGCCCACGGCGAAGAAGACGAUCGAGCGGUUGGCGUUUGGAAGCACUGAGGCGAGCGAUGUUCUCGGCGCCCCGGGGUGCGCCGCAAUCACGCUCCACGGCCGGUCCCGCCAGCAGCGGUACCGUUCAGCCGCGGACUGGAGCUACAUAGCAGAGUGCGGCGCCAUGAUCCAGUCCUACCGCGAAAAGAAGGCUGAGCUGACCGACACGGCGCGCGAGCCGGAUCCGAGCACGUUGCCCAAUGGUGGUCGAGUGUUCUUUCUUGGAAAUGGAGACUGCUACUCGCAUGUCGAUUACUUCAAUGAUAUUCAAAACGCAUGUGUCGACACUGUAAUGAUAGCUCGCGGUGCCCUUAUCAAGCCGUGGAUAUUCGAGGAGAUCGACAAGGGCCAGUAUCUCGACAAGUCAGCGACUGAGCGUCUUGGCUACGUCGAGAAGUUUGCCCGCUACGGCAUCGAGGCAUGGGGCUCCGACGAGCUUGGUGUGAGCACCACGAGGAAAUUUCUCCUGGAGUACUUGAGUUUCACCCAUCGGUAUAUUCCUGUCGGGAUUUUGGAGCAUCUCCCUCCCAAGAUCAAUGAUCGCCCACCAGCUUAUCGGGGACGCGACGAUAUGGAGACGUUACUUGCGAGUGACAACUAUAAGGACUGGGUGAAGAUUAGCGAAAUGUUCCUCGGGCCUGUGCCUCAGGGCUUCAAAUUCGAACCAAAGCACAAGUCCAAUGCAUACGAAGUUGAAGCAGAAGGCUAG